UUGAUUGCGCUAUUGGCCCCCCCUACAAUUUAAUCCUGGCUCCGCCCCUGCAUACAUACAUAUAUUGUCCACUUAGUAAGGGUGGAUAUGGAUCAUUCCUUUAUCCACAUCCCCCUUAUCCACAUCUCCCCUCCCACACAACAAAUGAAACCAAAAUCUAAGCGUAUCCAUCUAAGCUUCAAUAUUCAGUUACAUUUUUUUUACUCAAAACAAUGGCUGAAGCUGUAAUGUCAUUCUGCAUUACCAAGCCACCUAUUCAUACCUUAACUUAUGUCCAAAGUGCUACUAAGUUAGACCUCAACUCAAGUUCUAGAUCGCUUAGGCAGUGUUCAUCAUGCUCUGGUUUUUUUCACUCAAACCAGCUUGAAGGAAGAAAUAAGGGUAGAAGAGGCUCUUUAAUCAAAACAAAUGCUUUCCCAGAUUGGCCUUUAAUGGCAGUACUAGUGGAACAUGUUGAAGGCCAAAGAGAUCUUAUCAUCAACAAAUCUGUUUGGCAUCUCAGUGACACUGCCAUAAAGAAUGUCUAUAUUGGUUACAUGUUGUUUACUGGCUGGGGAUGUUUAGUUUUUGGUUCCAUGAAAGAUCCUUUCUAUGACUCGGAAAGUUAUAGGGGAGAUGGAGGAGAUGGAACUGGACAUUGGAUCUAUGACAAGCAAGAAGACAUAGAAGAAACUGCAAGAUCAGAAUUGUGGAGGGAGGAACUCAUUGAGGAAAUUGAGCAAAAGGUUGGAGGGCUACGAGAGUUGGAAGAGGCUAUCAAGAAAUAGGCUUACAUAUAUAUUGAAAAGAAAAAUACUCAAUUCAUUUAAUUCCCAACUAAAUUAUGAAGAUCAGAAGAUGUUACAAUGGUGUGCCAUAUGUAUUUAUACUGUUACAAAACCUUUGAAAUGCUUGAUCUAAUUGUUCAAAGGAAAUUAAAAGCAAAUUGUAUUUAAAGUAAUAAAUUUGUAGGUAGAGAUGUUAAAUAAA